CCGUUUACAAUGCAAUUGAAGAAUUUCAUACUGUUGCUGCAUAUCGAUUGCCAUUAUCUAGCAUCUGAAACGGAGCAGAUUUUGUAGUCAUGUAGAUGAAACAAAUGCAGCCAUGGUUAUUGUUGCAAAGAGCUCGUGUUACUGCAUACUCCUGAUCUGAGGUGUAUCCCGGUGCUUAUGACCAUCCAUUUAAAGACGAUUUUAUAUACGGCGUGAAAACACUUCUUUCCUUGUUGAAAAGCAGUCAUUAAGCAUGCCGACAGUUCAUGACCGACGAGCGAUGGCCGGGGACAAGAAAGUCAUUUUCCCUUUAUGCCAACAUGACCAUGAGUGCACGUCUGCUGGACUCGGUGUCGGUGCCGGUGCUAUACGAAGAUGACAGAUAUCUGAUUGUUGAUAAGCCAUACGAUUGCAGAAUUCAAAAUCCAAGAGACGAUCAGGGACCCUCAGUACAAAGCUUAUUGACGAAACAAUACCCACAUAUACCUAUUUUUCGCAAUGUCCAUCAGUUGGAUUACGCAACUUCGGGCAUUUACGUGCUCGCACUAACCAAGCAAGCAGCAGCCGAAGCAUCAAAAUUGUUCAGAGAACGACAAGUACAAAAAACAUACCUUGCCAUUGUUGCAGGACAUUUAAUAGAAGACAGUUACCACAUCGAUCAGCCCAUUGCCGACGAUCCUGAUCACGAUUUUCGCAUGAAGAUCGAUGUUAAUGGCAAAUCAGCACAGACGCUUGUCCAAGUUUUGGAACGCGGCUAUUAUCGAUACACGGAUGAAACAACAAAGCAGGAGAAAACGAUGGCUGUAAGCAAAGUCGAACUGAGGCCUGUCACGGGUCGGCGGCAUCAAUUGCGGGUCCACUUGCAACAUAUUGGCCAUCCCAUAGUAGGCGAUUACAACUACGAGAGCAAGUAUACAGAUACAUUUCGUAUGAUGCUGCAUGCUCAUAAGCUUAGAUUGCCGCUAAAAGCUGGCCAUCUGGAUAUAGAAGCACCUGAUCCAUUUCAAGGUCUUUUGAGAUCAAGUCCUGAGUGAAUGAAUGAUAAAACAUUGAAUCGGACUCGAAAAAAUUCGUUCACUGU